AGGCAAAAGCCCUUACAUCAAGUACACUUAAAGUAGGGAAAUGGAAACCCAUCUGUGUGGGCCUGCAAAUUACAUUUUUGAUACCGGCGGCAAAACAUCUAGAGACGGCCCUGCAAGUUAAUGUCCUGUUUUAACAAAACAUGUCUUAUGUGAAGACUAAAAAGACUAUUACAAGAGAAUACAUAGAAGACAUUAACUUAAUGGAGAAAUCUUUCUGCAAACUGUAUCCGUUUAUUUUUUAUUCGGUUUCUGAAAAUUUGUAAAAAUGGGUGACGAACCAGUUAUGGCAACAAACGACGACGCCAGCGAAUGUAAAAGGGGCGCCGUGCAGCUGGGCUACUGGGAGGAUAAAUAUAUAUCAUUUUUUGUCAAACAAAUCGUUAAAAAAGCCCCCGAAAUAAACAGAGGUUAUUUUGCUAGAGUCAGAGGUGUCGAGACUUUGGUUCAAAAAUUCCUUAGUAAAUCUGGCAGUUGUGCCCAGAUUAUCAAUUUUGGGUGUGGCUUUGAUACAUUGUACUGGAAAUUAAAGGAUGAAGGGUUACAGAUAUCAAAUUAUAUUGAUGUUGACUUUCCGACUGUAACAGCUCGUAAAUGUUAUAUGAUAAAAAGGAACAAACAGUUACUCGACAAAAUUCAUGGUGAAGAUGGUGAAGUGAGAUUAAGUUCGACAGAUAUGCAUGCAGGGAACUACCAUUGCAUUGGUGCUGAUAUGAGAAAUUUGCACCAAUUGGAGACAAAGUUAAGUCAGGCUGAAAUUAAUUUCAGUAAGCCAACUUUAUUUAUAGCUGAGUGUGUGUUAGUUUAUAUUGAAAAUGAUUGUGUUAAUAGACUUUUAUCAUGGAUUUCCUCAAAAUUUCAGUCUGCAAUGUUUAUUAAUUAUGAGAUGUGCAAUAUGAAUGACACCUUCGGAGAUGUUAUGUUAGGUAAUUUAAAAGCCAGAGGUUGCAAUCUUGCAGGAAUUUCCUGUUGUAAAAACUUAGAAACCCAAAAAUUACGAUAUUUAAAUAAUGGCUGGUUAGGCUCAAAUGCAUGGGAUAUGGUUCAAGUAUACCAUGAUUUAUCUGAAACUGAAAGGCACCGGAUAGAAAAAAUUGAGUUUUUAGACGAACAAGAAUUAUUAGUGCAGCUUUUUCAGCACUACUGUAUUUCUAUAGGUUGGCUAACACCCGAAUUUGCCGAUGUAAAUUGUUCCGGCGGUUUUUAGUACUAGGCAAUAACAAUAAAUUUGGUGUGAUGCAUUAUUGUUAAUAUUGUAUAAAAAAUGCUGUGAUACUUUCAGAAUUUUUAUAUGUGUUUGUAUGUUUACAAACCAUUAUUUUUUAAGGAAUAAUACGCUUUUAUUUUUGUCAAGUGUGAAAUUUUUAUUGAAGUAGUUUUUCUUGUUUUUGUAUUAUACUUACA